CUCUCACACACACAGUGAUACACGCUUUCUCUCUCUAAAAAAAAAUUAAAACCAGCGCGCUUGCUCCGCUGCUUCCUCCGCCCUCGCCCUCACCGGAGAUGAAACCGGCGUCGCAGCACACGAUUCGCCUAUCGCGCUACAGGAAUUGGCUGCCCUAAUCGGACGGCGGAGGAUGAAAUUGGAGAGCGAAGAUCGCAAAAUGGAGAAGAAGAGCCUCACUCGCACGAAUUCCUCACUCCUCCGCUCAUCCCCCACCAUCCGCUCCUCCAUCCACAGCCUGUCCUCCGUCACCGAGAUCGCGCCCGAUUCCGACGCCGAGGAUCUCGAGGAGCAGAAGCCCCAUAGCCGCCCGCCGCCUCUCCGAUCGAAUUCCCCCUCCCGCGCGGCGGCGGGGGCGCCGCUCGCCGCCGCAUUCCUCCUAUUUCUCUACACGCUCUUCGCCUUCUUCAAUUCCGACGAUUUAGCGACCUCGGAGAAUUUACUUUUAGCUUUGAUUUUCGUGGCGGUUUUGCUGUUUUUUUUGUCGAGGAAUAAGGGUUUAGUGAGUAGGAAUUUCGGUUUUUUGAAGCAAAAUUGUGAUGAGUGUUGUAAGAGGUUAGGGUUCUCGUGUUUUUCGUCGAGGACUCACUCGAAGCCUGUGCAAUGGUUCAUCGGCGAGGCUGAAUCGGAGGGUUUAGAGAGGGGGAAGGGAAUUAGGAAGGAGAGGAGCAGUAGGAAGAUUGUUAGGGAAGGUGUGGAGUUUUACAGCAAUGGCGAUUUCUACGAAGGGGAGUUUCAUAAGGGGACUUGCAAUGGGAGUGGAGUGUACAAUUACUUUGUGAAUGGGAGGUAUGAAGGGGAUUGGAUUGAUGGGAAAUAUGAUGGUUAUGGGAUUGAGAGCUGGGCGAGAGGGAGUAGGUACAGAGGGCAGUAUCGGCAGGGUUUGCGCCAUGGAUAUGGAGUGUAUAAGUUUUACACAGGGGAUUCUUAUGCUGGAGAGUGGUGCAAUGGGCAGAGUCAUGGUGUUGGAGCGCAGACUUGUGGCGAUGGGAGCUGCUAUGUCGGCGAGUUCAAGUUUGCUGUUAAGCAUGGCCUUGGAUACUACCAUUUCAGGAAUGGAGAUAGGUACGCCGGUGAGUACUUUGGAGAUAAAAUUCAUGGCUUUGGGGUCUAUCACUUCGCCAACGGCCAUUUCUACGAAGGGUCGUGGCACGAGGGCCAGAAGCAGGGCUACGGAAUGUACACUUUCCGAAAUGGUGAAGCCAGAUGUGGAGAAUGGGAUAAUGGCAAUCUCAAGAUCCCCCUUCCCCCGCUCUCUGAUGCAGUUCUUCGAGCAGUUCAGGCUGCUAGGAAAACUGCAGAGAAUGCAAUCCACCUCCGCCGGGUUGAUGAGCAAGUGAACAAGGCUGUGGUGGCUGCGAACAGGGCUGCCACCGCGGCCAGGGUCGCUGCAAUCAAAGCUGUUCAGAACAGGAUGGAUGGAAGAUUUUGUGAUACUAACUUGUGAGAUCUAAGUGGUAAAUGUAAGCUUACUACUACUGAAUUUCCAUAACGAACGAACCCCGGCACCCUGGUGAAAGGCUGAAAGCCAACCCCAGUGGUUGAGAUUUGGUUAACCAUUGUGUAACAUGUACAUAGAUCAUCAUGUAUACUCCUAGAUAGUGCACAUAUAUGUCUCUCUGCUGAAUCCAAGCCUUCAUGUCUAAUUGUAGCCAAAAUUUGCAAGAAAAGUUGCUGGUUUCUGAUUUA